UUCCCCUCCCCCCUAUCUGUCUUUGCUGUCCGUCGGAUACGUUUCCCGACGGUUUUCGCUGUCGUCGUUCCGUUUCGCGUUUCCGUUACCGUCUGCUGCCCGACGUCCGUCCGAGACAUGCUCGCAGACCGCUGCGGCCCUCGCUCCUCGUCGUCGUCGCGGUCCGUCGCGUUUCAUCGCUCCGAGUGCGCGUGAACGUCGCGCGCCGCGUCCAAAUAGCGCGGGCAUGGAGACCGGUUGACACCGGAACGCACACGGUUCUGCUGCAGGUGGCGAAGUGAUGUUGGGUGGCGUAGUCGGUCGCCAUAUGAGCAUACGGCGCAGAGAAAGCUCUCCGUCCGUACCUCACCCGGGCGGUCCUGGAAGUCCGCGGUACAGGAGACGGAGACGAGCAGUCACUACUUCGGAUCACAAGACAUGCGCUCUCAUACAGACAAGGAUCAAACUGGGCGACAUCAUCAUGUUGGCGGCGGAGAAGGAAGUCGCGGCGGCCGCGGGACGUGACUGCAUCGGGUCGGCGGGCACAUCCGCCGGCAUGGGGAGACCACGGUCCCACCACCAUCACCACCAUCAUCACCAUCAGCAGGCGGACGCGCCCCCUGGGCCGUCGUCCCUGUUCCUGUUCAGCACCGACAACCCUGUCCGCCGGUACACCAGGUUCAUAAUCGAAUGGCCUCCGUUCGAAUAUGCGGUGCUGUUAACCAUCAUAGCCAACUGCGUGGUGUUGGCUCUGGAGGAACAUCUGCCCAGGGGAGACAAGACUGUACUUGCUAAGACUUUGGAGGCAACCGAACUCGUUUUCCUAGCAAUUUUUUGCGUCGAAGCGACUCUCAAAAUAUUAGCUUUAGGUUUUUUACUGCACAGCGGCUCAUAUCUUCGUAAUAUAUGGAACAUUAUGGACUUUUUUGUAGUUGUAACAGGGUCAAUGACUGAAUUCAUGGAGUCCAACAUGCUGGACAUGAGGAUGUUGAGGUCCUUUCGGGUGCUCAGGCCUUUGAAACUGGUUUCGAGAAUCCCAAGUUUGCAGGUCGUGCUGAAGUCCAUCAUCAAGGCCAUGGCUCCGCUGCUCCAGAUCGGCUUGUUGGUGCUGUUCGCCAUCAUCAUCUUCGCCAUCAUCGGGCUGGAGUUUUACUCCGGAGCGUUGCACAAGACUUGCUACAAGUUGGAUAAUCUCGAGGCAAUAGAAAUCGAGGGACAGAAUCCGGCGCCCUGCAAUUCAGAUUCGGACUCGAACGAAACCUCGAAGCCGUACAGCGCGUACUUCUGUGAUAGCAAUACGUCCACGUGCAUAGAGAACUGGAUAGGACCCAACUAUGGAAUCACGUCGUUCGAUAACAUCGGGUUGGCUAUGCUCACCGUUUUCCAAUGCAUCACUAUGGAAGGGUGGACUACCAUAUUGUAUUGGAUGAACGAUGCAUACGGCGUGCUAUUCAAUUGGAUAUAUUUUGUACCACUUAUUAUUCUAGGUUCAUUUUUUAUGCUCAAUUUAGUUCUCGGUGUGCUUAGCGGAGAAUUCGCUAAAGAAAGAGAAAAGGUUGAAAACCGGCAAACUUUUUUGAAGCUAAGGCGACAACAACAGCUAGAGCGUGAGCUCAACGGUUACGUAGACUGGAUAUGCAAGGCCGAGGAGGUGAUCCUGGCCGAAGAACGAACCACGGAUGAGGAGAGAAGACACAUAAUCGAAGCGAGAAGAAGAGCUGACAUAAAAAGAAAAAAACUGAAAACCUUGGGCAAAAGCAAAAGCACGGAAUCCGAGGAGGAGUGCGAGGAAGAAGAAGCCGAUGAAGUGCUUGGUAAAGGCAAGAAAGGUUUCCCGCGCACCCCGACGUUCAAGGACCGAAUGCGGAAAAAGGGCGUUUGCGCGUCCAUGUGGAGGGCCGAAAAACGAUUUAGGUUUUGGAUCAGACACAUGGUAAAAGCGCAAUGGUUCUAUUGGUUUGUCAUCGUGUUAGUGUUUUUUAACACGGUGUUCGUGGCUAUAGAACAUCACAAACAACCGGAAUACAUAACGAAUUUCGUCUUUUAUUCGGAAUACGUGUUCCUUAUGCUUUUCAUGGCCGAAAUGUUCAUCAAAAUGUACGCGCUCGGCAUACGGAUAUACUUCGAUUCCGCGUUCAACCGGUUCGAUUGCGUCGUCAUCAUGGGAUCCAUAUUCGAAGUCGUUUGGUCAGCCGUCAAAGGAGGUUCAUUCGGUCUGUCCGUGCUAAGAGCGCUGCGACUGUUGCGAAUAUUCAAAGUGACUAAGUAUUGGUCUUCGUUGAGGAACCUCGUGAUAUCGUUACUCAACUCCAUGAGAUCAAUCAUAUCGUUGCUAUUCCUGUUGUUUUUGUUCAUACUGAUAUUCGCGCUGCUCGGCAUGCAGCUGUUUGGUGGGCAGUUCAACUUCGAGGAGGGUACGCCAGCGACGAACUUCAACACGUUUCCGAUCGCUUUGCUGACGGUGUUCCAGAUCCUGACCGGCGAAGAUUGGAACGAAGUCAUGUACCAGGGCAUCAGAAGCCAAGCGCAAGCCCAAGGCGGAGGGAUGAUCUACGCUCUAUACUUCAUCAUCUUGGUGCUGUUCGGUAACUAUACGCUGUUGAACGUGUUCUUGGCCAUCGCUGUUGACAAUUUAGCGAACGCGCAGGAACUUACGGCCGCCGAGGAAGAACAAGAGGAAGAGGACAAAGAGAAGCAACAACAAGAACUCGAAAAAGAAAUGGAAGCGUUGCAAAUGAGUACCGACCCGUCAAAGAUGGAAAUGAUACCAACAUCGCCGUCGCAAAACUCCAGUGUUUCACUUAUCAGACAUCACCGCAAACAUCAUAUGGAUGAGCCGGACAGUAAGGUGGAGGAAGAAGAAGAAGACGAAGGUCCGAAGCCCAUGUUACCGUAUUCGUCGAUGUUUUUACUGACGCCUACUAACGGCAUCAGAAGAGCCGCUCAUUGGAUCGUAAAUCUGAGGUAUUUCGAUUUUUUCAUAAUGCUCAUCAUCAUAUUGAGCAGUGUGGCGUUAGCCGCCGAGGAUCCGAUCAACGACGAAUCAGAAUGGAACAACUGCCUGGACGUGGUCGACAACGUGUUCACCGUGAUUUUCGCCAUUGAAAUGAUACUGAAGAUAAUCGAUUUAGGGGUUAUUUUACAUCCCGGCUCGUACCUGCGAGAAUUCUGGAACAUAAUGGACGCGGUAGUUGUCAUUUGUGCGUUCGCAUCGUUCAUAUUCCAAAAAAGUGGCGGGUCCGUCGGUACGAAUUUGUCGACCAUCAAGUCGCUGCGAGUGCUAAGAGUGUUGCGACCACUCAAGACCAUAAAACGCGUGCCCAAGCUCAAAGCGGUAUUCGAUUGCGUCGUCAAUUCGUUGAAGAACGUAAUAAACAUAUUGAUAGUGUACAUAUUGUUCCAUUUCAUUUUCGCCGUCAUCGCCGUGCAACUGUUCCAUGGCAAGUUUUUCUUCUGUAACGACAGCAGCAAGUCGGUCAACAGUACAUGUCAGGGUUAUUAUUUCAAGUAUGAAGCUGGAGAUACGGAAGAUGUGAACUCUCAAAAGUUUAUGCCUACCGAGGAGCAAAGAGUGUGGGAUCAGCAAUCGUUUUACUAUGACAACGUGGCCGUGGCCAUGUUGACGUUGUUCGCGGUACAAACGGGCGAGGGAUGGCCCCAGGUGUUACAAAACUCAAUAGCGGCCACGGAAGAGGACCGUGGUCCCAUACCGAAUUAUCACAUCGAGAGAUCACUUUUCUACAUAAUUUAUUUCAUCGUUUUUCCGUUCUUCUUCGUAAACAUAUUCGUUGCGUUGAUCAUUAUUACGUUUCAAGAACAAGGCGAGGCCGAACUGCAAGACGGCGAAAUCGAUAAGAAUCAAAAAUCCUGCAUAGAUUUUACCAUACAAGCGAGACCGUUGGAGAGGUACAUGCCCAAAGACAGGAACAGCAUGAAGUACAAAAUAUGGCGCCUGGUGGUGUCCACGCCUUUUGAAUAUUUCAUCAUGAUACUGAUCGUUUUGAACACGCUGUUACUCAUGAUGAAGUUUUAUCAACAAAAAAAAUCCUACAAGAGUGCUCUACAUUACAUGAACAUGGUGUUUACUGGCAUGUUUACGAUUGAGUGCGUGCUCAAAAUUUUGGCGUUUGGAGUCAGGAAUUUUUUUAAAGAUCCGUGGAAUAUUUUCGACUUUAUCACGGUUAUCGGAAGUAUUGUGGACGCGCUGGUCAUCGAAUUCGGGGGACGCCUCGUAUAUGUGUACCGAACUGUGUUCGAGAAAGAUUUAGUCCAAAAAGAACCAAAACUGCUGUUCGGAGAAGUUGUGGAGGAAAACUUCAUAAACGUCGGAUUCCUCCGUCUGUUCCGGGCCGCGAGACUGAUAAAACUGCUGCGGCAAGGGUACACAAUACGGAUAUUGCUUUGGACAUUCGUCCAGUCGUUCAAAGCUCUGCCCUACGUAUGUCUGCUGAUCGGCAUGCUGUUCUUCAUCUACGCCAUCAUCGGCAUGCAGAUCUUCGGCAACAUCCAGCUGAACCCCGACACAGACAUCAACAGGCACAACAAUUUCCAAACGUUCGUCCAGGGCCUGAUGCUGUUGUUUCGGUGCGCCACGGGCGAAGCGUGGCCGUCGAUCAUGUUAUCGUGUAUUCACGGCAAAACGUGCGAGGCCGGAGCUAAGAAACCCGGACUGGAAUGCGGUUCGAACAUGGCCUACAUGUAUUUCGUGUCGUUCAUUUUCUUCUGUUCGUUUUUGAUGUUGAACUUGUUCGUGGCUGUCAUCAUGGACAACUUUGAUUACUUGACCAGAGAUUCAUCGAUAUUGGGGGCUCAUCAUUUAGACGAAUUCGUCCGGAUUUGGGCGGAGUACGACCCGAACGCCACGGGGAAGAUACACUACACGGAAAUGUACGAUAUGCUCAAAAACAUCGAUCCACCAUUGGGUUUCGGCAACAAGUGUCCCAACCGUUUGGCGUACAAAAAGCUCAUCCGGAUGAACAUGCCGAUUGAUCAGGACGGCAAAGUGCAGUUCACCACCACGUUGUUUGCCCUCAUCAGGGAAAACCUCAGUAUCAAAAUGCGAUGCGCCGAAGAAAUGGACCAGGCGGACGAGGAGUUGAGGGAGACCAUCAGGCACAUAUGGCCGUUGCAGGCCAGAAAGAUAUUGGACCUGCUCAUUCCGAAAAGCGACUGUCUGAACUCCGGCAAGCUGACGGUGGGCAAAAUAUACGCGGCUCUGUUGAUACUGGAGAGCUGGAAGGCCACGAGAUUCGGUCAAAUCAAAUCGUCCAAUCCGCAGGACAUUGCAGAACAUAGUUCCCCAGAGCCGCACUCGUCGUUCUUCACGUGCCUCAUGGAAGCCGCUGGUGCGACCAAUUGGAACGCGGAACGAGGGCAAGACGAAGACGAAAACAGCUGUUUGCUGACCAGAAACAACUCCAGGAGCAGGUCUAAAAAGCGAUAUAUAACGCAAUCCAAACGUUUGAGAAGGAGGCGUGGCGAUAUUUUAGAAAAGGUGAUGGAGCUGACGGACGUGGUGAUCUCGUCGCGGAGGCCGUCCGAGGAUUCCAACUCCGAUGGGCAACAAUCCCACAGCCAGGGCAUGCACUUACAUCCCGGUUACCGGCAACCGAGGUCGCGGUCACCCAGCAUACGGAGAGAACGUCGAUCUCCAUCGCCAAUCAGGAGAUACCAUCAUCAAUCUCACCACUUUCAUCAUAGUCAUCAUCCGCACGAGAUCGGUUUCAGCGACACCGUGUCCAACGUCGUCGAGAUCGUCAAACAAGAGCAUCGUCGACAGCCGAGAGGUUCGUGGUCGGCGUCCACGAGCCCGGUGCGCUCGCCCAGCCCGGACCGGUCGGAGAGCGGCCGCACGUACUACGGCACCACCAGCCUGGACCAGCGUUCGCGUUCCCCGUCGCCGGUGUCCACGACCGGCAGCGGCCGGCAUCACCACCAUCCGCAGCAGCACAACCACCUGCACCAUCACCAGCAGCACCACCAUCAGCAGCAGCAGCAGCAGCAGCAACAUCACGUAGGCGGCGGCGGCGGGGCGUCGGCUUCGUCGUCCGCCGCCGCCGGGCCAACAUCAUCGAGACAACUACAGCAGCAGCCGGCGGCGGCGCAACCGUCGUCGUCCGCGUCGCACCACCCAGUGGGUUCAACUGCACAAGUUCACGAUCAUAUACGGCCACCUGAGUAA